AGUUGGCACUGGAUGUAUAUUGUAUAGUCGAAAAUCUGUUAACUUCAACCUAUAAAGUUUACAAUAAAAAUUCUUUUUCCCAUUUUAAACAUACAAAUAUAUUAUUUAAGAGCUUUGAAAUGUUGUGCAAGAAAUGUAAUAGUGAAGGAACAUUAGUUAUAAGAAAAGUCUUCUUCUUUUGUGAUGCAUGUUUCAUAGCAAAUAUAAUUCAUAAAUUCAGGGCAUGUAUAGGUAAAAACACAAAAUUUUCCAACGAUAACAAAUCUUUGAUUUGUUUAUCGGGUGAUAUUUCUUCUUCUGUUUUGCUUGAUUUAGUUAUGAAUGGGAUAACUUUAAAUACUCAUAAAAAAUUACGAAUUUCUCCAGUAUUUUUACAUGUGAAUGGGAUAGUUUCAACCGAUGACAGUGUCUGUAACCUAAUCAUGAAUCAAUGCAAGAAAUAUAAUGUUGAUUUAAUAUCUAUGAACAUUUCUAGUAUGAUUACCGAGUACAAAAAUUAUAAUGAAGCAGACACCACUGUGAAAAGUAAUAACUUCAGAAUGCCAACUAUAAAUAAUUUUGUAAAUAAGAUUUCACCCUCAGCAGAAAAAGACUUUUUAUCUAGAAUUAGGCAAAAAGUAUUUUAUAAGAUGGCAAAAGAUUUGGAAUGUAAUUCAAUAUUUACCUCUGAAACAAAUACAAAGUUGUCAGCAAAAUUAUUAUCAAAUAUUGUGAUGGGCAGAGGCUCUCAAAUAGAAAAUGAUAUUGGGUUUGCUGAUUGCCGUGAUAAGGAUGUUAAGCUAUUUAGACCAAUGAGAGACAUAACAGAUGAAGAAUUAAAUCAUUAUGCAAGAAUAAGGCAUUUAUCAUCUGUGGACAAAUCAGUUUCAGAAAUUAAUUUACAGUCACUCAUAUCAAACUUUAUAUCAGACUUGGAAAUAAAUUCUCCAGCUACAAUAUCAACAAUAUGUAAAACAGCAGAUAAAAUUAGUUCUGCAGAUGAUAAUACUGGCAAACCUUGUCAAAUAUGCCAGAAUAAUUUAAAAACAAAACUUGACAAGUUGACAGCUACUGAUGCUACAGCAUUUUCAAAAGUUGUUUCUUCUGGAGAAUACAAUGCAAGUCUUUUAACUCUUGACUUUGAAUCUGUAACUAAAAUGGAGGUAUUUCCUCAUAUAUUUGAAGAACUCUGUUACAGUUGCAGCAAAAAUUAUUAUGAAUUUAAAACAAAUAUAGCAAAGCAUUGAAGUUUUGUUUUAUUGCGGCAAUAUUUAAUGAGUACUUCGCGUGAAUUUUCAAAGACCUGGCCUGUACUACAGAUAAAAAUAUAUAUUCACACACAUGCCUAUAAAUGGCAGAGGCUCAUGAGAAGUUCAAGAAAUAAAUUUAAAAUGUAAUUUCUUGUC